AUGUCAGCCCCACAGGAGGACGAGAGGUUGGUCCUCCUCGAGAGCCUGGCCACGGCACUGCUGCGUGUCCGGCCGGACAAGUGGGCCAAGUUUGCAGCCAGCGAGGAGACUUCAGUCAUGCUGGACAAGUUCUUCAAGCAGCCAGAAAUGCUGGAGCUGGUGCUGGGGCUGAACCCUGCUGGGCAGCUCCUGCCCACUACCUGUUUCCCACCUGCCCUAAAGGGCAAGGGACUCUACUGCGUGAAGAAGAAGGGGGAGAACAUCACCGGGGAGAACUGUCGGAGUGCGCUGCUGGUGGGAGACAUCGGCCCCUCACCCGUGGAGCAGCUCAUCACCGUGCUGCUGGAGGUUGUGUCCCCUAUGCUCCUGAGCCAGGAUGAGGGGGUGGGCUGGCCCAGGAUUGUGGUGGAGGACAUCGUGCGCCACACUCAGCAGCUGCAGAACAAGAUGUUCAUGAUGACUGGGAAGAUCCAGGGAAAGCCACUGCUCCCACUGCCCGAGCACCUGGUCAGCUGGGAGGACUCCGGCGCCGCCCUGGACUGCCUGGCAGGGCCUGUGGAUGGUAGAGUGCUGCACUCCAUCGAGACUGUGGUCAUCGAGUGGUUCCAGCAGGUUGAAGAGAUCUUUGGCCAGGACCCCGCGCAGCAACUGCAGGAGGGGCUGCACCCCCUGCCCAGGGUCGAGUUUGAUUUCUGGCAGACCAGGGUGACCAGCUUGGAGUGCAUCAGUGAGCAGCUGCACUCACCCCAGGUGACAGUGCUGGCCAAGUUCCUGGAGAAGGCUGACAGCUGCUACUGGCCAUCGCUGCAGAACAUGUUCAGGGCCGUCAGCGGGGGUCUGGAGGAAGCCAAUGAUGUCAACCUCCACCUGCAGCCGCUGCAGGGGCUGCUGGAGGAGAUGGAGCAAACGGAAUACGCUGAGCUGCGGCCCUUCGUGCCCAAGGUGCUCUGCACCAUCUGCCUGCUCCGGGCUCACUGUGUGCACUUCCACUCGCCUGCCCACAUAGCCCGUAUCCUGCAGGAGACCUGCAACUUCUUCAUCAGCCUGACCAAUAAAUUCCUGAACCCAGAGGAUAUGCUGAAGGGGCUGCAAGGAGAGCCCCAGGAAACCCUGGAGGGACUCAAACAAGCCAUCUCCACCACAGAGAAGUUCUUCCAGUCCUACAGCACUUACUGCAGUGACCUAAUGACCACAUUCUUCCCGGAGCAGGAAGAGCUCUGGGAGUUUCCCCCCCCACAGAUCUUUGGGAGGAUGGAUGCCUACUUGCACAGGCUCAAGGCCAUCAAGGGGGUUUAUGCUUGCCAGGAGCUGUUCCAGGUAGCCAUCGACUUCCAGAGGCUGGAGAAGACGGUGCUGGGAGGGGUGCGAGGAAACUUCCUUGGGACCUGGGUGUUGAGGAUCUCUGAGGAGAUCUGUGAAGCCACCAAGGCUUUUGCUGAGUGCAAAUAUGAUCCCUUGGAUCCCGAUGAAGAGGAAUGGAACACAGACUUUGCAGAGUUCCAGAAGAAGGUUGAGGAUGCAAACAAGCAGCUGGCUGCCAUCUUCUGCCAGGGCUUUGACGACUGUAACCGCCUGACAGCUGCCAUGAAGCUGGUGCACAUGUUUGCCACCGUGCUGGAGCGGCCCCUGAUCAAAGCUGAGGCUGCCCCCUGCUACCUGGCCCUGCUGGGAAUGUUCGAGGCGGAGCUGGAGAGCGUGAAGAUGCUGUAUGACACCCGGUUCGUGUCCCCACCGCCCCCCGGCGGGGGACCGGCCAUCCACAAGAACAUGCCGCCGGUGGCCGGGCAGCUGAAGUGGGCUCUGGAGCUGCAGCAGCGCCUGGAGGGGCCACGCAAGGACUUGCUGGCCAUGAAGCACCCAGCCAUGGUGGGCGCUGAGGCUGAGCUGGUGUCCGGGAAGUACGAGGAGAUGAUGGGGCUGCUGCAGCGCUACAGCAAGAGGAUCUACGAGGAAUGGGCGAGCGGGCCCGGCGAGGACUGCCACUUCAGCCUGGAGCAGCCCCUGCUCCAGAGGGACCCCGAGUCCGGCUUCCUCAGCGUGAACUUCAGCAAAGAGCUCUCGGCCGUCCUGCGGGAGGUGAAGUACCUGCACAUCCAGCAGCAGGAGGACAUCCCCAGCAAUGCUGAGAGCCUCUUUGCCCAAAAUGAGACUUUCCAAACGAUAGGGGACAACCUGGCGCUCAUCGUGGGCUGGUACAAUGAGGUGAAGCAGCAGCUGAUGCCAGUGGAGCAGCCAUUGCUGGCAAAGGAGCGGGAGGCCCUGGACGUCCGUCUGGCCAGUGCUGAGAAGUCUCUGUUCUGGAGCCAUGAAGGUGUCAUGGAAUACAUCCAGGAGAUGAGGGAGACCCUGCACGACCUGCAGAGACGAGUCCAGACAGCGAAGCUGAACCUGCAGAGCAUCACCCAGCUGAUGGAUGUCUGUUCAGCCACUCCCUUGUUUGGAAGAAAGGACAACAAGGAAACCGCGCUCCUGGACCUCGAAGGCAAAGAAAAUGCCAUCGCUCAGCGCCGCGCUGUCAUCGAGAGCACGGGCGAGAAGAUCCAGGGCAUGGUGAAGGAGAACGCAGAGAUGUUUAAGGCCGACGUGUCCUCGCGGAUAUGGCAGAGCUAUGUGGCACACAUCGACAAAAUCGUGUUGGAUGGGCUCUGCAGGCUCGUUCACAAAUCCCUGCAGCUGCUGCUCACCAACAUGGACCCCGAGGCCCAGGUGUCCCCGCUGUUCGAGGUGCACAUGGAGCUGUCCGAGGGCCGGGUGCAGUACCAGCCCUCCCUGGAGGUGGGGGCCGGCGACAGCUUCUUGGUGCUGGUGGAGGGGCUGCUCGGGGACACGGAGGGGGUGGCAGCCUCCAUGCCACGGCUGCUGGAGGGGGCGGUCAGUUACAAGGUGAGUCCAUCGCAGGCAGCAGCUCCCAGCUCAGCAGGAAGGGGGCGAGGGUGGCUGCGUCCCCAGCUCGUCCCUGAGCUCUGCCCGUCCCUUCAGGCGGCGCUGGAGGAGCAGCCGGAUCUCCUGAGGAUGCAGGAGCAGCUGAUGUCGCUGGUGGUCAGCACCAUGGCAGAAGGUGAAGAAUUCGGUGCCAGCUUUGAGGAGCACUCCCACCUGUGGAAGGAGACCCCCGAGGAGUUCCUGCAGCGCUUCCUCACCUUGGACAGCGUCUCUGGAGAGGGCGAGGCAGAGCCCCCCCCAGACAAGCCCUUGGCCCCCGGGAUCCCACCCCUCUCACUCUUUCAACAGGAGAUCAACGUGCUCGAGGCGCUGCAUGAAGAGGUGCUGGAGUUUGAGGAAACCAGGGUGUUUGGGGGGUGGCUGCAGAGCGACUGCCGUCCCUUCAAGAAGGCGCUGCUGGGUGCCAUCAAGGGCCACAGCAUGGUGCUCCGGCAGUACCUCGCCCACCACGUCACCAGCAGUCUCGAGGAGUUGCAGAAUUUCAUCAAAGAGUCCACUGCCGGCUUGAGUAAACCUCUGGAGGAGGGAGACUAUGAAGGACUGGUGGAGAUGAUGGGACACCUGGCGAGGGUCAGGGAGAGGCAGGAGGCGACUGACAUGAUGUUUGAGCCCUUGAAGGAGACGGUUGCGCUGCUCAAGACUUACGGGGACAAGAUGCCGGAGGAGAUCCACCUGCUGCUCCAGAAGCUGCCCGAGAGCUGGGACAACAACAAGAAGCUGUGCCUGCGGGUGGCGGACAGCGCGGCGCCCCUGCAAGCGGCCGAGGCCGCCAUCAUCCGCAGCAAGUGCCAGGACUUUGAGGUCCAGCAGCUCGCCUUCCGGGAGAGUUUCCAGGGAAAUGCCCCUUUCUCGUACACAGAACCAGAGCCCUACAAGUCACUUAACAGGCAAAAUAAGGGCAUUGCGGCCUUGGAGAAGGAAAUGGAAGCCCUGGCCAUCUCAGCUGCGCUGUUUGAGGUGUCGGUCCCAGAGUACAAACAGCUCAAAAUGUGUCGCAAGGAGCUGCGCCUGCUGAAGGACCUCUGGGACAUGGUCAACCUGGUGAACAUGAGCAUCGCCAGCUGGAAGACGACCAAGUGGGCAGAGCUUAACGUUGAGGAUAUGGAUAUUGAGUGCAAGAAAUUUGCUAAAGACAUCCGGAGUUUGGAUAAGGAGGUGAAGAGCUGGAACGCGUUCACGGGGCUGGACAGCAACAUGAAGAACAUGAUUACAUCCCUGCGCGCCGUGAGCGAGCUGCAGAACCCAGCCAUCAGGGACCGGCACUGGCAGGAGCUUGUGCAGACAGCCAAGGUGGAAUUCACCAUGUCCGAGAACACCACCCUGGCGGAUCUGCUGCAGCUCAACCUACACAAGUUUGAGGAGGAGGUUCGCGGCAUUGUGGACAAAGCGACAAAGGAGGCUGGGAUGGAGAAGGUGCUGAAUGCCCUGGACACUACCUGGGCAGCCAUGGAGUUUGAGUAUGAGCCCCAUGGCAGGACCCAGCUCCCACUGCUCAAGGUGGAUGAGGUGCUCAUUGAGACACUAGAGGACAACCAAAUGCAGCUGCAGAACGUGUUGGCAUCCAAGUACCGAGCCUUCUUCCUUCAGAGGGCACAGGACUGGCAGCAGAAGCUGUCAACCACCGACACUGUGAUCAACAUCUGGCUUGAGGUACAGAGGAAGUGGAGUCACCUGGAAACAAUCUUCAUAGCAUCUGAAGACACACGAAGUCAACUGCCAGAGGAGUCAAAGAAAUUUGACACCAUUGAUGAGGAUUUCCGAGAUCUAAUGGCUGAUGCAGUACAAACUCCCAAUGUGAUUGAAUGCACCAACAAGCCUGGGCUGCACACCAAGCUGGAAGCGCUGGAGGACAGGCUGGCGGUCUGUGAGAAGGCCUUGGCUGAAUACCUGGAGACCAAAAGACUGGCUUUUCCCCGGUUCUAUUUCGUCUCCUCUGCGGACCUACUGGAUAUUUUAUCCAAGGGGACCGAGCCCCUUGAGGUGUCCCGGCACUUGACGAAGCUGUUUGACAGUUUGGCCAAGCUGAAGUUCCAGGAAGACUCAGACAAAAAGCCUCGGAAGGUGGCCCAGGGGAUGUUCAGCCGGGACGGGGAGUACAUGGACUUCGAUGCAGACUGUGACCUGUCUGGCCAGGUGGAGGUGUGGCUGAACCGGCUGCUGGAGCGCAUGCGCUCCACUCUGCGAAACCUCAUGCCCCAGGCCCUGGGCACCUACGAGGACAAGCCACGGGAGGAGUGGGUGUUCGACUACCCAGCCCAGAUCGCUCUCACGUGCACCCAGAUCGCCUGGACCACAGAGGUUGGACUUGCCUUUGCGAGUCUGGAGAAAGGUUACGAGAAUGCCCUGAAGGAUUAUAACAAAAAGCAGAUCGCUCGGCUGAAUGCUCUGAUUUCCCUGCUGCUUGGGAACCUGAGCGCUGGAGACAGAAUGAAGAUCAUGACAAUCUGUACUAUUGAUGUCCAUGCGAGGGAUGUUGUGGGCAAAAUGAUCCAAACAAAGGUGGAGAACUCGCAGGCGUUUGCCUGGCAGUCCCAGCUGCGGCACCGCUGGGAUGACGGGGAGAAGCACUGCUUCGCCAACAUCUGCGACGCUCAGCUGCAGUACGCCUACGAGUACCUGGGGAACACGCCCCGGCUGGUCAUCACCCCCCUGACCGACAGGUGCUACAUCACCCUGACACAGUCCCUGCACCUCUACAUGGGGGGCGCCCCCGCUGGCCCUGCGGGCACCGGGAAGACAGAGACCACCAAGGACCUGGGCCGGGCCGUGGGCAUGAUGGUCUACGUGUUCAACUGCUCCGAGCAGAUGGACUACAAGUCCUGUGGGAACAUCUACAAAGGACUUGCCCAGACAGGUGCCUGGGGCUGCUUUGACGAGUUCAAUCGCAUUUUGGUGGAGGUCCUGUCUGUCAUUGCGGUGCAGGUAAAAUGUAUUCAGGAUGCAAUCCGUGGUAGGAAGAAAACAUUCAACUUCCUUGGUGAGACCAUCUCGCUGGUGCCAUCGGUGGGGAUCUUCAUCACCAUGAACCCUGGCUACGCUGGGCGCACAGAGCUGCCCGAGAACCUGAAAGCUCUGUUCAGACCCUGCGCUAUGGUGGUUCCUGAUUUUGAACUGAUCUGCGAAAUCAUGCUUGUGGCAGAGGGAUUUCUCGAUGCCAGGCUCCUGGCAAGAAAGUUCAUCACUCUCUACACGCUCUGCAAAGAGCUGCUGUCAAAACAGGACCACUACGACUGGGGGCUGCGGGCCAUCAAGUCCGUGCUGGUGGUGGCAGGCUCCUUAAAGAGGGGGGACCCCGGCUCUGCAGAGGACCAGGUCCUGAUGAGAGCUUUGCGAGACUUCAAUAUCCCCAAGAUUGUGACAGAUGACUUGCCUGUGUUCUUGGGGCUGAUUGGAGACCUGUUUCCAGCACUGGACGUUCCCAGGAAGAGGGACCUCAACUUUGAGAAGGUCAUCCGUGAGUCCGUGCUGGAGCUGAAGCUGCAGGCGGAGGAGAACUUUGUGCUGAAGGUGGUACAGCUGGAGGAGCUGCUCCAAGUGCGACACUCCGUCUUUGUCGUUGGCAACGCCGGCUGCGGCAAGUCCCAGGUGCUGAAGUCACUCAACAAGACGUACAAAAUGCUGAAGAGGAGGCCGGUCACCGUGGACCUGGACCCCAAGGCUGUGACCUGCGAUGAGCUGUUUGGGAUCAUCCAUCCAGCCACACGGGAAUGGAAGGAUGGCCUGUUCUCCACAGCAAUGCGUGACCUGGCCAACAUCACACAUGAUGGGCCCAAAUGGAUCAUCCUUGAUGGAGACAUUGAUCCCAUGUGGAUCGAGUCCUUGAACACAGUCAUGGAUGACAAUAAGGUUCUCACCUUGGCCAGCAACGAGCGCAUCCCCCUCACUCCAACCAUGCGGCUCAUCUUCGAGAUCAGCCACCUGCGCACGGCCACGCCGGCCACCGUGUCCCGGGCUGGGAUCCUCUACAUCAACCCCGCAGACCUGGGCUGGAGCCCCAUUGUGGCCAGCUGGAUUGAGACAAGGACAGUGAAGUCUGAGAAGGCUGCUCUGAUGAUCCUCUUUGACAAGUACCUGCCACCAUGCCUGGAGAAGCUCAAGUCUGAGUUCAAGACAAUCACCCCUGUUCCUGACGUCACGGCCAUACAGACAGUUCUGUCCCUGCUAGAAUGUUUUCUGACACCACAGAAUGUCCCACCAGACUCACCCCGGGAGCAAUACGAGCUCUUCUUCGUCUUUGCCUGCAUCUGGGCCUUUGGUGGGGCCUUGUUCCAGGACCAGCUGGUGGAUCACCGCCAGCAGUUCAGCAAGUGGUGGCUGUCGGAAUUUAAAGCCGUCAAGUUUCCUAAUCAGGGGACAGUUUUUGACUAUUACAUUCAUCCACAAACGAAGACAUUCAAUCUCUGGGAUGAAAGAGUGCCAGAGUUCGAGCUCGACCCCGACAUCCCCUUACAGGCGGCCGUGGUGCACACCACAGAGACCAUUCGCCUCCGCUACUUCAUGGACCUGCUGAUGGAGAAGCAGCGGCCGGUGAUGCUGGUGGGGAAUGCAGGGACGGGAAAAUCAGUCCUGAUGUGGGACAAGCUGGAAGCACUCGGCACAGAUGAAUAUUUGGUGCAGUCUGUGCCCCUCAACUUCUACACAACCUCGGCCAUGCUGCAGGCCGUCCUUGAGAAACCCCUGGAGAAGAAAUCUGGGAGAGUUUUUGGUCCACCUGGCACCAGAAGGCUGAUCUACUUCAUCGAUGACAUGAACAUGCCAGAGGUGGACAAGUACGGCACUGUGGCACCACACACGCUUAUUCGGCAGCACCUGGACCAUGGGCACUGGUACGACAGGAACAAACUGACCCUGAAGGACAUUCGCAAUUGCCAGUACGUGGCCUGCAUGAACCCGACCGCGGGGUCCUUCACCAUCGACCCACGGCUGCAGCGCCACUUCUGCGUGCUCGCCGUGUGCUUCCCCAGCCGCGAGGCUCUGAGCACCGUGUAUGGCACCAUCCUGCAGCAGCACCUGGCCCGUCACAAUGUGCCAAUGCCGCUCCAGAAGAUGCAGCCCAAGCUGGUGGCAGCAGCGCUGGCCCUGCACCAGAAGGUUGCCGCCAACUUUCUGCCAACAGCCAUCAAGUUCCACUAUAUCUUCAACCUGCGGGACCUCUCCAACAUAUUCCAGGGGCUGCUCUUCUCCACCCCUGAUUGCCUGAAAACCCCCGUGGACCUGGUGCGCCUCUGGCUCCACGAAGCAGAGAGGGUGUAUGGAGACAAGCUUGUCGAUGAAGAGGAUCAGUACAGCUUCAAGAAGGUGAUGGCCGACAUCAGCAAAGCCUCCUUUCAAGAGAUCAAUGAAGAGCUGAUGUUCGCCAAGCCCAACAUCUACUGCCACUUUGCCCAGGGCAUGGAUGAGUCCAAGUACAUGCCAGUGACAAGCUGGGCAUCUCUGAGUAACCUGCUAGGGGAAGCCCUGGACAGCUACAAUGAGGUGAAUGCAGCGAUGAAUCUGGUGCUCUUUGAAGACGCAGUGUCUCACAUUUGCAGAAUUAGCCGGAUCUUGGAGUCUCCUCGGGGCAACGCACUGCUGGUGGGGGUGGGAGGCAGUGGGAAGCAGAGCCUGGCACGGCUGGCAGCUCACAUCAGCAACCUGAGCGUGUUCCAGAUCACGCUGAGGAAAGGCUACGGCAUCCCAGACCUGAAGCUGGACCUUGCCUCCCAGUACAUCAAAGCAGCUGUGAAGAACAUCCCCGGCGUGUUCCUGAUGACAGACUCCCAGGUGGCUGAAGAAUCAUUCCUGGUUGUGAUCAAUGAUUUCUUGGCGUCUGGGGAGGUGCCAGGCCUCUUUCAGGAUAAUGACCUGGAAACCAUCAUCGGGUCUAUGAGGCCUCAAGUGAAGUCCCUUGGAUUGGAGGAUACAAAGGAAAACUGCUGGAAAUUAUUUAUAGAAAAAGUCAGGCGCCAGUUAAAGGUUGUCCUCUGCUUCUCCCCCGUGGGCUCAACCCUGCGUGUGCGGGCCAGGAGGUUCCCAGCUGUGGUCAACUGCACGGCCAUCGACUGGUUCCACGAGUGGCCGGAGGACGCUCUCGUGUCCGUCAGCAGCAGGUUCCUGGAGGAAACACCAGACAUCGAGCCAGAGGUCAAGGCCUCCAUCAGCCAGUUCAUGUCCUUCGUCCACACAAGCUCAAAGGAGAUGUCCAAGACCUACCUGGCCGUGGAGAGACGCUAUAACUACACCACGCCAAAGACCUUCCUGGAGCAGAUAAAGCUCUACCAGAACCUGCUGGCAGAUAAAAGGAGCAUGCUCUCCGGCAGCAUCGACAGGCUGGAGAAGGGGCUGAUGAAGCUGCGGAGCACAGCAUCACAGGUGGACGACCUGAAAGCCAUGCUGGCAGUCCAGGAGAUAGAGCUGAAGCAGAAGAACGAGGACACAGACAAACUGAUCCACGUGGUGGGUGUUGAGACAGAGAAGGUCAGCAAGGAGAAAGCCAUUGCUGAUGAGGAGGAGCUGAAGGUCGAGGCCAUCAACAAGAUGGUGGCUGAGAAGCAACGAGCCUGUGCGAGCGACCUGGCAGAAGCAGAGGUGGUGCUCUCGGCCGCCCGCGAGGCCCUCGACACGCUCAACAAGUACAACCUGACGGAGCUGAAGUCCUUUGGGGCCCCACCACCAGAGGUAGUGAAUGUGAUGGCAGCUGUGUUGAUUCUGACGGCCGAAAAUGGCAAGAUUCCAAAGGACAAGAGCUGGACAGCAGGAAAAGUCAAGAUAGGAAAAGCAGACACUUUCCUUGCAAGCUUAAAAAACUAUGAUGGGGAAAACAUCCCUGAGGCCUGUCUCAAGGCAUUUGAGCCCUACCGGAACGACCCCAGCUUUAAUCCUGAGUUCAUCAAGUCCAAGUCAACGGCCGCAGCAGGGCUGUGCUCCUGGUGCCUCAACAUGGUGCGCUUCUACGAGGUGCACUGCACGGUGAAGCCCAAGAGACAGGCAGUGGCCGAUGCUGAUGCCGAGCUGGCAGAGGCGCAGGCGAGGCUGAGUAAAAUUAAGAGCAAAAUUGUGGCCCUGAAUCAAAAUCUGGCGACUCUCACUGCUCAGUUUGAGAAAGCCACAGCAGAGAAGAUCAAAUGCCAGCAGGAGGCUGAUGAAACCAACAAAGUCAUCAACUUGGCAAACAGGCUCGUUGGGGGCCUGGCAUCCGAAAACGUCCGCUGGGCUGAGUCAGUGGAGGAGCUCAGAGAGCAGGAGAAGACGCUGUGCGGAGACGUGCUGCUGGUCUCCGCCUUCGUGUCCUACAUCGGAUAUUUUACCAAGAAGUACAGGGCUGAGCUUCUGGAGAAGCACUGGGUCCCCUUCCUCCAGGGGCAGUCGGUGCCCAUCCCUAUCACCCCGGACCUGGACCCCCUCAGCCUCCUGACAGACUCUGCCGAUGUGGCUGCCUGGAACAACCAGGGGCUGCCCAGCGACCGCACCUCCACCGAGAACGCGGCCAUCCUCUGCAGCACCCAGCGCUGGCCGCUGCUCGUGGACGCCCAGCUGCAGGGCGGCAAGUGGAUCAAGAACAAAUUUGGGGAGGACCUGCAGAUCGUCCGCCUGGGCCAGAAAAGAUACCUGGACAUCAUUGCCCAGGCGGUCUCUGAAGGACAGACGCUGCUGAUCGAGGACAUCGGGGAGACGAUAGAGGCAGUGCUGGACCCGCUGCUGGGCAGGACCUUCAAGGGCAGAUACAUUAGGAUUGGAGAUAAAGAAGUAGAGUAUAACCAGCAGUUCCGCCUAAUCCUGCACACCCGAUGUUUCAACCCGCACUAUAAGCCAGAGGUGCAGGCUCAGUGCACUCUCAUCAACUUCUUGGUGACACGGGAGGGCUUGGAGGACCAGCUGCUGGCUGCUGUGGUGGCCCGGGAGCGGCCGGACCUGGAGGCCCUGAAGGCAAGCCUGACGAAGAGCCAGAACGAGUUCAAGAUCAGGCUGAAGGAGCUGGAGGACUCCCUGCUCGCCCGGCUGUCAGCUGCUGGGGGAGAUUUCCUGCGGGACACAGCACUGGUGGAGAACCUGGAGAUAACAAAGCGCACAGCCAAGGAAAUUGAGGAAAAGGUAAAAGAAGCUAAAGUCACUGAAGUACAAAUAAACGUUGCGAGAGAGAACUACCGGCCAGCAGCAGAGCGAGCAUCCCUGCUGUACUUCAUCCUGAGUGACCUCUGCAAGAUCAACCCCAUCUACCAGUUCUCUCUCAAGGCCUUCAACGGGGUCUUUGAGAAAGCCAUCCAGCGAGCAGUCCCCAGCGACGACACCCGGGAAAGGGUGAUCAACCUGACAGACCAGAUCACCUUCUCAGUCUAUGUGUACACUGCUCAGGGCCUCUUUGAGAGAGACAAACUCAUCUUCCUGGCCCAGGUUGCCUUCCAGGUCCUGGCCCUCAAGAAGGAAGUGAACCCAGCAGAGCUGGACUUUCUCCUGCGCUUCCCUUCCAAGACUGGUGUCACGUCCCCUGUGGACUUCCUGCAGAACCAGAACUGGGGUGCUGUCAAGGCACUUUCAGAAAUGGAAGAGUUCACCAGCCUGGAGAAUGACAUUGAGAGCUCAGCAAAGCGAUGGAAAAGGUUUGUGGAGAUGGAGGCACCAGAGAACGAGGUGUUCCCCAUGGACUGGAAGAACAAGUCAGCCCUGCAGAAGCUGUGUGUGCUGCGGUGCCUGCGCCCUGACAGGAUGACCUAUGCCAUCAGGAAAUUUGUGGAAGAGAAAAUGGGAAGCAAGUAUGUGAAAGGAAGGAGCAUUGAUUUCUCUGAGGUGUACAAGGAGAGCAGCCCCUCCUCGCCCAUGUUCUUCAUCCUCUCCCCUGGUGUUGACCCGCUGAAGGACGUGGAGGCACUGGGCACGAGGCUGGGAUUCACCAUUGACAACGGGAAGAUCCACAACGUAUCCCUGGGGCAAGGCCAGGAGGUGGUGGCAGAGCAUGCCAUGGAGGUGGCAGCUGCCAAGGGCCACUGGGUCAUCCUGCAGAACAUCCACCUAGUGGCCCGGUGGCUGGGCACGCUGGAGAAGCUGGUGGAGCACCACAGCCUAGAAAGCCACCCCGAGUACCGACUGUUCAUGAGCGCCGAGCCAGCCCCCAGCCCCGAGACACACAUCAUCCCCCAGGGGCUGCUGGACAACUCCAUCAAGAUCACCAGCGAGCCGCCCACAGGCAUGCGUGCCAACCUGCACGGUGCCCUGGACCUCUUCAACCAGGAAACUCUGGAGCAGUGCAGCAAAGAGUCGGAGUUCAGGUGCAUCCUGUUUGCCCUUUGCUACUUCCACGCCGCGGUGGCCGAGCGGCGCAGGUUCGGGACCCAGGGCUGGAACAGGUCCUACCCCUUCAACAACGGCGACCUAACCGUCUCUGUCAACGUCCUGCAGAACUACCUGGAGGCCAACGCCAAGGUCCCGUGGGAUGACCUCCGGUACCUCUUUGGGGAGAUCAUGUACGGGGGGCACAUCACGGAUGACUGGGACCGCCGGCUGUGCCGCACCUACCUGAGCGAGUACGUGCAGCCCGAGAUGCUGGACGGGGAGGUGUCCUUGGCUCCAGGGUUUAUGAUCCCUCCCCGCAUGGAUUACGAGGCCUACCACCAGUACAUCGAUGACAACCUGCCAGGAGAGAGCCCCCACCUGUAUGGGCUGCACCCCAAUGCAGAGAUGGGUUUCCUGACCGUCACCUCAGACAGGCUCUUCCGCACAGUGCUGGAGCUGCAGCCCAAGGAAUCCGAGGCUGCUGGAGGCUCAGGUGUCUCCCGAGAGGAACAGGUGAAGGCAGUCCUGGAUGAAAUCAUCCAGCAGCUGCCAGACCCGUUCAACAUGGAGGAGAUGAUGGGAAAGGCAAAGGAAAAAACCCCAUACACGGUUGUAGCCCUCCAGGAGUGUGAAAGGAUGAACAUCCUGACCAACGAGAUCAGGCGCUCGCUGAAGGAGCUGGACCUGGGACUGCAGGGAGAGCUGACGAUUACAUCCGAGAUGGAAGAGCUGUCAAAUGCUCUCUUCUACGACAGCGUUCCAGAAUCAUGGACACGUUAUGCCUACCCCUCCCUCCUCAGCCUGGCCAACUGGUAUGCGGACCUGCUCCUGCGGAUCAGGGAACUGGAAGUCUGGUCAACAGAUUUUGUGCUGCCUGCAACAGUGUGGCUGGCGGGAUUCUUCAACCCCCAGUCCUUCCUCACAGCCAUCAUGCAGUCCACAGCCAGGAAAAAGCAAUGGCCACUGGAUAAGAUGUGUCUGGCAGCAGAUGUGACCAAAAAAACUCGCGAGGAAAUAACAUUUCCCCCUAGAGAAGGCUCCUACGUGCACGGGCUGUUCAUGGAAGGCGCGCGCUGGGACGUGCCCUCGGGCUCCAUCGCCGAGGCGCGCAUGAAGGAGCUGACGCCCGAGAUGCCGGUGAUCCUGCUCAGAGCCAUCCCCGUGGACCGCAUGGACACCAUCAACGUCUACGAAUGCCCCGUCUACAAGACACGGACGCGAGGGCCCACCUACGUCUGGACCUUCAACCUGAAGACAAAAGAAAAAGCUGCCAAGUGGGUCCUGGCUGGUGUGGCUCUGCUCCUAGAGGCCUAGAUUUAAUGACAAUGGAGAACAGCAGUACUUUUAGUUGUAAAAACCUCGCCGUUGUGUAACUCGGUCUAUGUUUGAUUGUAGCAGAACCAUUUUAGCAAAGUUUCAAUAAAACCAGGGCUGGAAGCGC